AUGCCCUUCCCAGACAACAAUGCAGAGAUCUUUAAGACCCUGCGCUACCUGAGCAGUGUGAUCGAGAGCAUGAAGAAACCAUUGGGAACCCGGGAGAACCCAGCACGGUUCUGUAAGGACCUGUUGGACUGCCAACACAAGCUCUCUGACGGUGACAACUUCAUAAAACUGCUUCACAGAAUUUAUCCAGAUGCAAUGGACAUUUUGUCCCAAUCUACAUUAAUCAAUAUUCUAUUAAUAAUCUUCAGACUUACUUCUACUUAGUAGAAUAGUAUGUAUAUGUUAUUUGUAGGGGAAAUGAGCAAGGAAUCAUUGUGAAAUAUGACUGUGUUCUUUCUCUCUGGGGUUGGAUGUUGCGGUGCCUUUAGGACUGUUCUGGAUCGACCCUAACCUGGGAUGCCAGUCAGACGCCAUUGAGGUCUUUUGUAAUUUCACUGCAGGCGGGCAGACAUGUCUCCACCCAGUGGCCUCUAAUAAGGUAACCUAG